UGACUUCGUGAAUAUACGAAACGAACGAUGCAGAGGAUGGGAAUGGGAGAGAGGUGUUGUUGUUGGUAUGCAGGAGCGCAUUAAGAAUUUGACAAUUUAUAUGUGAAAAUGACGGCACCCUGGAAGGCUGUCGUCGCGCUGCUCUUGCAGUUUGUGACUAUUUCGACUUGUAUACCAUCACCUGUGGUUACCCCCGAACAGAAGCAGUUGCAGCCUCAAAUCUGGACGGUGCUGGACUUCCUGAACGCCCAGGAUGAUCGCGCCUACAACUACAACUUCGCUCAUCUAAUAAAUGCGCAGAAAAAGACACAAGAAAUCUCAGCUUUGGAGCUCGAGGUUGAAGUCGAGUGCAUUGAUAAGGAUCGAUGCAACGAAAAUACUCUGAUAUGCAAAGCCUACGUCGAAUAUUUCCCAGAAACCGACACUUUCCAAACACUCCCUGACGUAGAAUGCAACCCAAAUGCUGAAAGUUCCAUCAAAGAAGUGCAACAUGCGGUCACAGAAGAAAUUACGAGGCCGAUAAAGUCGCAGCAGCAUUGCACCGGUUGCUUAUUCGAGCUGAACAAGGAUGCCGAAGGAAGCCAAGAUUUGAUUGACGCCGCUUUGGAUCACAUCAACUUUGAUAGGCAGAGAAGGCAUUCUUUGAUUAACGUGUUAAAAUUGGAGAGACAAAUUGUCGGUGGGGUCAAGUACUACUUACUCUUAGAAGUUGCCCCAACAGUUUGCUCCAUGAACAUCAAUAAAUUAGAGCUUUGUCCCAUUGACGAAGGAGCUAAAAAUGAAAUCUGCCAAAUACAAUACUAUCAGAGACCAUGGAUUAGCAAGGAUAAACAUAUUGUGUCUAACAAUUGCACGGUAUCCCAAGAGUAUAUUAGGUCUCCAAAAUCCAAUGAUAUAGAUAAUGAGAUUGAGACCAACAAUGAUUUCAAAAAAGUCGAAGUUGAAGAAAUCACCGAUAAAGGUCCUAAUUUCGAAAAGAUGGCUGAAAGUGGAAAAUUAUACGAUGACUUGCUUUCGCAGAUCAUUCCAACCGAACCAGACGUACAGAAAACAACAAAUGUUGCACACGUCGAAGCCACGAAAUCUGCUAUAGACAGUUCGCAAAUGGGAAUCGAAGACCGACCGGUAACACCCACUCAUGUUACGUACAAUCGGUUGGUUGAUUUUUUAACACAAUUUUUCUAUAAUUUAAAUUUAUAUGAGAACAGGGCGCCCAUCGAUGCAAUCAAUACUGAAGAUGGCAGUUUUAGAAUGAAACGCGAAUUGAAUACUGCUGAUCCAUUAAAAAAAGCAAAACAUGACAUCAGUUCAGAAGAAUCCUCAGAAGAAAAACAGAAAACGCUUAAAAAUAAGGCAAGCUCUGAGGAAUCUUCGGAAGAGAAACACACGAAACGGGAAAAACGAGAAUUGAGUAGUGAGCACUCGUCUGAGUCAUCAGAAGAAACACAAAAACCAAAAGUCAAAAGAGAGAUUUUUGACUCUAGUUCAGAAGAGAGUGAUGAAACGAACGAUCCACUUCAUGUAAUCGAGAAUGAAGAGUCUUUAGUACGAGAUAAACGUGAAACAGACGAUAAAAAAGAAUACAAGAAAGAAAGUAAAAAGGCUUCAGAAAAGGAUAAGAAAAAAGGUGACGAGAAGAAAAAGAUAGAAAAUGCUAAGGAGGACUCUUCGUCAUCAUCAUCAUCUUCAAGCAAUGACGAUGGAAAAAACAAGAAGGAUGAUGAUUCUUCAUCUUCUUCUUCCUCUAGUGAGGAUAACGAUAAAAAGCAUACUGCAAAGAAAGGAAAGAAGGAAGUUGAAGAUUCUUCGUCAUCUUCUUCCAGUUCAGAAGAAGAAAAUAAGAAAGCUAUUAAAAAGAAAUCUAAAAAUGACGAGGAUUCUUCUUCAUCCAGUUCGUCAUCUGAUGAUAACGAUAAAAAAGCAAAAAGACUAGAUGACAGUUCGUCGUCCUCUUCAUCGUCUGAUGACGAUGAUGAUAAGAAUAUUAAGAAAAAGUCGAAGACAGUUGUUGACUCUUCCUCAUCUUCUUCAUCUUCCAGUUCCGAUGAUUCUGAUAAGAAAUCAAAGAAAAAGUCAAAUAAGGUAGAUGACGAUUCUUCCUCAUCUUCUUCCUCAAGUUCUGACGAUGAUGAUAAUAAAAAGAAUAAGAAAAAGUCAAAUAAAGUAGAUGAUGAUUCUUCUUCAUCAUCUUCUUCUUCAAGUUCCGAGGAUGACGAUGCGAAGAAAAAUAAAAAUGACGAUUCCUCAUCAUCAUCCUCGUCAUCUUCAAGCUCUGAUGAUAGUAAUGAUCACAAAGUUAGUAAAAAGAAUAAUAAAGAUGAUGAUUCUUCGUCAUCAUCUUCCAGUUCCGAUGAUAAAGAAUAUAAAAAUAAUAUUAAGAUUAAAAUUAAUAUCAAUAAAGAUGAUUCAUCUUCAUCGAGUUCAAGUUCUGAUGAUGAUGAAGAUAAGAAAAAAUGCAAUUGCGAUAAAGAUAAACACAAAGGAAAGAAUGAUGAUUCUUCGUCAUCCUCAUCAUCUUCAUCUGAUAGCAGCAACGAUGAUAAACAUAAGAAAAACAAAAACGUGGAUUCUAGUUCUAGCUCUUCUAGUUCUAGUUCCAGUUCCAGUGAUGAUAGCAAUAAUAAGGUCACUAAAAGGUCUAAUACUAAGAAGCAUAAUGCCGAUGAUAGUUCUUCUUCAUCGUCAUCUUCUGAUGAUGAACCUAAGAAAAGAAAGAAACGCGACCUACACGAUUUCUAUAAGCCAGAUUCUGAUGAAAAGCAUUUGGUGAAAAAAAUCUCCAACUUUGCUGCAGCUAGUUUAAAUAACGAAGGUCAUAAGAAUGAAGUUUUAGAAAUUCUUAAAGUAAAAAAAAUAGAGCUGGAGGGUGCCGUUUAUCACAUUUCUUUAAGAAUUGGAGAAUCCCACUGUUCAGGAUUCGAGUCUUGUUUAAUUGACGAAGAAAAGCUUUGCAAAUUUCAAAUUCAUAUUACCAAAGAUGAAAAAGUUAUUAAGGUGUUGAAGUCCCAUUGUCAUAAAAUAGAACGAUUUUCUGAUAAGAACCGAACAGUGAAUCGCUCAAAACGACAAAUACCAGGUGCACCAUUUGAUGCAUCAGAUGAUGACAAAAUAAAGACUUUAACAAAGGAAACACUUCUGAAAUUGGAUUCAGAGUCAAGUCAUGUGAAAAAAUUCAAAGUGAGAAAAAUUAUUGAAGCUACGAAGCAAAUUGUUUCCGGCGUCAGAUAUAAAAUCACAUUGGAAUUAGUAUACAGUGAUUGUGAUAAAAACGAUUCUAAAGAUUCUGAUAAAUGUAAUGAACAUGAGAAACCUGAGCCAAAAAUAUGCAAAAUUGAUAUUUGGGAUCAGCCAUGGUUGCCACAAGGUCGCAAGACCUCCGUCUCCUGCGGCACAGAAAAGUACAGUUUUCGUUCCAGGCGAAGCAUCGUUUCCGACAAAGAGGAAGAGAUUUUUAAAAAAUUCAAUGGAUUUAUUAAAAGCCACAAAAAAUAUUAUGGAAGCGAUUAUAUGAAGAGAUACUGGAUUUUCAAAGAAAACAUGCAGAAGAUUGAGAUGUUGAACAGAGAAGAACAGGGCACUGCGAAAUAUGGUAUAACGAAGUAUGCCGAUCUAGAUGAAAAAGAAUUUGAGAAGCACUACUUGGGCUUGAGACCAGAACUGAGGAAUGAAAAUGAAAUCGCCUACAAACAGGCCAAGAUUCCUGAUAUCGAUUUGCCGGAUUCAUUUGAUUGGAGAGAAAAAGGCGCCGUUGCUGAGGUGAAGGACCAAGGACAAUGCGGAAGUUGCUGGGCAUUCAGUGUAACCGGAAAUGUCGAGGGACAGUAUUUCUUGAAGCACGGUAAACUGUUAGAAUUUUCCGAACAAGAACUGGUUGACUGCGAUAAUUCCGAUGAAGGAUGUAACGGUGGAUUUAUGGAUAAUGCUUACAGGGCUAUUGAGAAAUUGGGAGGUUUGGAGUUAGAAAAUGAUUAUCCUUAUGAUGCAAAAGAUGAAAAAUGUCACUUUAACAAGUCCUUGGCUAUUGCAAAAUUAUCAGGUGCGGUGAAUAUUAGUCACGACGAAAGUGAUAUGGCCAAGUGGCUGAUUACCAAUGGUCCAAUGUCCAUCGGUAUAAAUGCGAAUGCUAUGCAAUUUUAUAUGGGUGGCGUUUCACAUCCAAUGAAAUUCUUGUGCAGUCCCUCCAGCUUGAACCACGGUGUAUUGAUUGUUGGAUAUGGUGUACACAGUAAGUCCAAUUAUCCAAUGUUCAACAAAUCACUACCUUACUGGAUUGUAAAGAAUUCUUGGGGCCCCAAAUGGGGCGAACAAGGUUAUUACCGAGUGUUCAGAGGGGAUGGUUCUUGCGGUGUCAAUCAAAUGGUAUCCAGUGCAGUUGUGGAGUAACCUUCGAUCAAUUAUUUACCUUCAGUGAUAUAAGAAAUGCCUAUAAUUCUAAACAUGUAGAUUUUAUUCAAUUUUAGGAAUGUUAAUUAAAUUAAUUUCUUUUAUAAUAAGGGAUAUAUAACGUACUAAUAAAUUACGAUUAAUUAAA